GGGUGGUGUGUGAGAUUCAGAUAGCAAGCAAUUUCCUCUUCUUAAUUCUAACGAAUAGUCAUACUCCUUGGUUGGAAGCUAGCAGUGUCACGCUGGAGCAGAGCAAGGAGACAUGAUUCCCUGUCUGGGAUUGGAACACACUUCACUCCAGGAGGACAGAUUUCAUUUUCUGGAAGACUGCAAUAAAUGACACGACAGCGUCAGAAUGGCGUCUCCGAAUGCAUCGUUCCCUGGGGUUAACGCCUCCUCGGUUAUCUGCUCUUACAACAUGAGCUCAUGGAAGGAAGCAAUGAACCAGCUCUACGCCUACUUCUACCUGCUCAUCUUCAUACCUGGACUGCUGGGCAACAGCAUUGCGCUGUGGGUGCUGUGUCGCUUCAUCAGAAAGAAGACCAAAGCAAUCAUCUUCAUGAUCAACCUGGCUGUUGCCGACCUGCUCCAUGUGCUGUCGCUGCCCCUGCGCAUCUACUACUACUUCAACCACACCUGGCCCUUCGGCCACUUCAUGUGCAUGUUCUGCUUCUACCUGAAGUACCUCAACAUGUACGCCAGCAUCGUGUUCCUGGUGUGCAUCAGCAUCCAGCGCUGCGCCUUCCUCGCGCGCCCCUUCUGCGCCAAGAAGUGGAAGCGGCGCUACGACGUGCGCAUCAGCGCCGCGGUGUGGCUGAUGGUGGGGCUGUGCUGCUCGCCCUUCAUCCUGAUGAGGAAAAAUCAGUCGCGCGACUCCAGCAGCUGCUUUAAGGACCUGCCCACGAAGAAGCUGAGCCUGAACCUGUACGUGCCCAUGAUAGCCGCUGGAGAGCUCCUGGGCUUCGUCCUCCCGAUCAUCAUCAUCAGCUUCUGCUCCUACUACAUCACCCGCUUGCUGCACCGCGCCUGCCCCGCCCAGCAGGCGACCAGCGACAAGCACAAGGCCCUGCGGAUGGUGCUGGUGUGCACCGGGGUCUUCCUCUUCUGCUUCGCCCCCUACCACAUCAACUUCCUGCUCUACCAGCUGGUCUCCCAGGACGUGAUCACUCACUGCCCUCUGCGGCUGGUGGUCCUGCACUUCCACCCCAUCUCCCUCUGCAUGGCCAGCCUCAGCUGCUGCCUCAACCCCCUCAUCUACUACUUCCUGACCACCGAGUUCCGAGAACAGCUGUCCCGCCACGGGAGCUCGAUGCUGAGGGGCCGUCUCAUGAGCAUGGAGAGCACCUCCUCCUAUAGGGAGUGACAGGGCAGCCGAGCACUGGCCGCGUGGGGUUAUUCUGCCGACUGCCAGGUGUUGGGGGGUACGGAGCAAACAGAACUGCAAUGCUCCACAUGGGCUUCUCUGUGAAAAUUUAGCAAUGGCAAAUGAAGACUGAAUGCUGCUGGCACGGACCAUGGGGUGUAACUGCCACUGCCUCACAGCUAGAUGUGCUGGCAUGAACAUGGCCGACCGUGAUUUCUUUUUAUGCUUAGCUACAGUGAGGGGGUGUCACCUGCCUACAUAAUUAUCUGUCAUAAAAGAUGUAGGGUUUUUCUAUUUUGUUUGCCGACUUUUCUGUAUGAUGUAGACCUAGUUCUAUUCAACAUCUAAUGCUAGUUAUUGGGUGACUGUCUUGUCACUAUAAUGAACAGUUUUAACAGAUGAAAAAGCAAUGAAGUUUUUUUGGACAUAUUGGACCUCAGCUUAGAGUUCAGCUAAAACCCUCAGACUUAAAAUCUUAAAUCUUCAUGGUAUUGUAUGGUAGGCUUGUAAAAUCAAUACAAUUCAGUACCUAGGAAAUAAUAUCAGCAUGCAAAGCAAAUGUUGUUUGUUUAUUCAUUUUUUUUAAAUGAUGUAAAAAAUAUGACAGUAGACAGUGGUUUUCAAAAGAAACACUCCUGUUGCAUGCUGCAGUAAGUCUAAUAUUAGAAGUUGGACUGUAAAUGAAGAAAUUUUCAAAAGGAACAUAUGAUGUUCAAAAUGACAAAAAAAAAAAGAAAAAACGUGAUGAGAAAGAGCCAUAUAAUGGCCAUUCCUCUAGCACAUUACAUUGUCUUUUCAUUUUUAUGACUGUCUCUGAGAAUCAACUAGGCUAUUGUUUCAUAGCCUAGUCAGAACUUCAACUUGCAUUGACUGUCCUUUAUUAGAGACAUUCUGUAGGGGGCUACAAAAUACAAAAUACCCUUCCCUAGGCAAAAAAAGAUGGAUGGGGAAGAGUCAGCUGUAAGCUAUUUAAACUCUGAGAUGUGCACUUCUAGCAAUAAACUUUUCCAAUGAAAGCA